CCCCCUAGUAUAAGUUUCUCCAAGUCCAAACCCUAGCGCUAAAACUCUUGUGGCGGCUAUCUCUCCUUUACCCACCCGCCCCCUCUCCGUUUCGAGGGCUGCCGCAGGCGAAACCUCUCUUCGCCUCGCCCUCUCCAACACCCAAUCUCCCCCAGGUCAAGGGCGGGGGCUUAUUUGGUUUGUUUCAGCGGAGAUAGUCGGGUGCUACCGAGAUGUUGGUGCUGUUCGAGACCCCCGCGGGGUUCGCCCUCUUCAAGGUGCUCGACGAGGGGAAGCUGGACAAGGAUCUAUGGAAGGAGUUCACAACAUCGGACUCGGCGAGAAGGGUGGUUGAGCUGAAGGCUUUCAACAAGUUUGAGAACACAUCUGACGCUCUCUCUGCCGCAACCCUGAUUAUUGAUAGCAAGCCUAGCAAGGGUGUACGCAAGUUCUUGCAGAAGCACUGUGAGGGUGAAACAUUAGCUGUUGCUGAUUCUAAGCUUGGAAAUGCUAUAAAGGAAAAGCUGAAAAUUGACUGCAUUCACAACAGUGCUGUGAUGGAGCUGAUGAGAGGGCUGAGAAAUCAGCUCACUGAGCUUAUAACUGGGUUGGGUGCACAAGACCUUGGUCCGAUGAGCUUGGGACUGUCCCACAGCCUGUCUAGGUAUAAGCUCAAGUUCAGUCAUGAGAAGCUGAGUCUGAUGCCAUUGCUAUUUCGUUUUUGCUAAAUUUUUGCCUUUUUAUUGUCCCAUCACUUGUUGCUUCACAUAAACAUAUCCUUAAUCAGUUCUAAAACUCCUAUAAAUUCUAAUUUAAUUUUUAAAUUUGAGUU